AUGCCUGUAGGAACACUUGAAGUUUAUAUUGCAGAUGCCAGGGACCUUGAAGAUCAAAAUUGGCUCACUGAUAUGAAUCCAUAUGUGGUCAUCACCUGCCGUACUCAAGAAAAGAAAACAAGUACAGCAUCAGGUGAAGGAUCUGAUCCUGAGUGGAAUGAAAGCUUCCUUUUCACCAUCAGUCGUGGUUGUGAUGAAAUUAAUAUCAAAAUUAUGGAUGAGAACACUUUCGGUUCUGAUGAUUAUAUUGGAGAAGCAACAAAACAUUUUUCAGCAAAGCAGGGAAAAUGA